GGCUCUUCUAUUCCAAAUGAAUGUGCCUAAACAGUUUUGGGCUGAUGCGGUGUCUACUUCAUGUUUUUUGAUCAAUCGUAUGCCAUCUUCUGUUUUGGAUGGUAAAGCUCCUUAUCAAUGCCUUUUUCCAAAUAAAGAACUUUUUCCCAUUCCACCUAAAAUAUUUGGUUGCACUUGUUUUGUUAGAGAUGUUAACCCUCAUCGCACGAAGUUGGAUCCCAAAUCAUUGAAAUGUAUUUUCUUAGGUUAUUCUCGAGUUCAAAAGGGGUAUAGAUGUUUUUGUCCAAGUACAGGUCGAUACCUUAUUUCUAUUGAUGUCUCAUUUCAUGAAAAUACACCUUAGUCAUCAUCCAAGACAGAUAUUCAUGAGGACAAUGAUGACAUACUCAUUUACACAGUUACUAUACCUGAGACCACACCUUCAGUAACUAUACCGAAUGUUACUGUUCCUGACCCUAGACCUCCAGUACACUUGGUUUACACCCGUCGACACAAAGCACCAGAUCACUCUCCACCUGUGACACCUGUGAUUACUCAUCCUGAUACUGAUCUGACUUCGAUCUCAUGUCCUGAACCAGUACCUGCAUCUUCAGAUCUUGUCUCUACAUCAGAUCUUGACCUCCCGAUAGCACUACGUAAAGGUACACGGUCUUGUACUCAUCAUAUUUCUUCAUUUGUGUCAUAUAGUCGGUUAUCCUCUGCCUCGUGUUCUUUUAUUGUUUCCAUUUAUUCUAUUUUUGUUCCCAAAUCUGUCAAAGAAGCUUUGUCUCAUCCUGAAUGCCGUCAUGCCAUGGUAGAGGAAAUGAAUGCUUUGGAUCUUAAUGGUACUUGGGAUUUGGUAGACUUGCCUACAGGGAAGAAGUCUAUUGGAUGUAAGUGGGUCUUUGCUGUUAAGGUUAACUCAGAUGGAUCUGUUGCUCGAUUGAAAGCUCGAUUAGUUGCGAAGGGUUAUGCUCAAACCUAUGGUGUUGACUAUUCUGACACUUUUUCUCCUGUUGCUAAAUUAACAUCUGUCAGGUUACUUAUUUCACUCGCCGCAACUCAUGAUUGGCAGUUACAUCAGUUGGACAUUAAAAAUGCAUUCUUGCAUGGUGACCUUCAAGAGGAAGUUUAUAUUGAGCAACCUCCGGGAUUUGUUGCUCAGGGGGAGUAUGGGAAAGUUUGUCGACUUCGCAAAUCUCUUUAUGGUUUGAAACAGAGUCCUCGUGCAUGGUUUGGGAAAUUCAGUCAAUCUAUUGAACGGUUUGGAAUGAUAAAAGGUCAAUCAGAUCACUCUGUCUUUUACAGAAGAACGAAAGCAGGUAUUUUGGCCCUUAAGAAUUUUCUUCAUAGCCAAUUCCAAACAAAAGACCUAGGCUCGUUGAAAUACUUUCUGGGUAUUGAGGUAACACGGAGUAAGAAAGGUAUAUUUCUAUCUCAGCGUAAAUAUGUACUUGAUUUACUAGCUGAAACAGGAAAAAUGGGAGCAAAGCCAAGCACGACUCCCAUGGUUCCCAAUGUGCAACUCACUCAAGAAGGCAUACCAUUCGAAGAACCAGAAAGGUACAGAAGAUUGGUUGGAAAGCUUAAUUAUCUUGCAGUCACCCGUCCAGACAUUGCUUACUCUGUGAGCGUUGUGAGUCAAUAUAUGUCAUCUCCGAUCAUUGAUCAUUGGGCUGCUGUAGAACAUAUAUUAUGUUACUUGAAAGGAGCACCAGGACGCGGGAUUGUCUAUCAAAAUCAUGAUCACUUGAGAAUAGAAUGUUUUGCAGAUGUUGACUGGGCCGGAUCUAAAGAUGAUCGAAGAUCUACCUCGGGCUAUUGUGUCUUUAUUGGAGGGAACCUAGUAUCAUGGAAGAGUAAGAAACAGAGUGUGGUUUCUCGUUCGAGUGCUGAAUCAAAAUAUCGAGCUAUGGCGCAAUCUGCAUGUGAGAUCAUGUGGAUAGGCCAUUUAUUGAGUGAAAUCGGAUUGAAGACACCAAUGCCUGCUAAAUUGUGGUGUGAUAAUCAAGCUGCCAUACACAUUGCCAACAACCCAGUAUUUCAUGAGAGAACAAAGCAUAUUGAGGUUGAUUGUCAUUUUAUUCGAGAGAAGAUACAGAAAGGAUUGAUCUCUACGGGAUAUGUGUAGACUGGAGAACAACUUGGAGAUUUGUUCACUAAAGCACUAAAUGGGAUCCGAGUUGGUUACUUAUGUAACAAGUUGGGCAUGAUAAAUAUCUAUGCUCCAACUUGAGGGGGAGUGUGAAAG